AUGGCCAUCGCGCCAGCGAGCCCAGAAAGCAUCGCAAGGGCAGCGGCCACGCCGGCAACCCACAGCCCGAAUCACGUACCCCAGGCUCUGUGCUCGUUUUCAUACCAGAACCACAACACAUCGUACCCGAAAUACGACUUCUUCAUCCGGGAAAAGUCGUUCUCUAUCGUGAGACAGAAGACGCACAAGUUCCCCACACAUAAAGUCGAAGCUGGCGAGCAAAGCCCUGGCAGCAUCGACGUGGCUGGUGGAAACGCAACGCCACAAGGCCCUCCCGCACCUCGGGAACAAAUCCCGACGCUGCUCAACCAUGUGUCUCAUGCAAGAUGCGGCGGCUUAGGCAACCCGCCUCUUGACAUCAAGACCUCCCAAAAGAGAACGCCAAGGCAGAACAUAUCGGCACGCUUUGCCACAUGGACGUGUACCAGCGCGCCGCUCCAUUGUGCCUUGACCUCGGGGGCGAGAUAUUUCGGGGUCCCUCGUCGCAUCCUGACGGCGCUUCGUCAGGGCCGGCAACGACAGAGUGGCCAAAGUCAAAAUCUUGGGAACAUGACCAAACACGAGCACAUUCGGGGGCUUGAUGUCGCCGUGCACUACUUGGCACGCAUGCAGCGCUCCCAGUCCCGAAGCGACGCCGUGCACGAUCAACGCGCACGUCUGGGGAGGAAGCUGCCUCCCGAAGCGGCCAGAAAGGCCGAGCAGCCCGCCCUUUUCCCCAAGACCGACGAAGAGAGUGUCGAGCCUGCCCAAGAUCACGGGGCAGCCCUCGAUGAAUGUUCAGAGGCCGGAGACGAGAGCCUCGGGCCUCCGACCAACGCCGCUGGCAACCGGGUCAGCGAAUCUAGAUCACACGCGCUAAUGGCCAAUAGCACGCCGAUAAGCCCAUCUGACUUGCUCUUGAGGCUGCCGAGCACCUCGUUGACGCUGGAGACGUCGCCGAUGAAUUAG